GAGCGAUGAUCGUUCGGUAGCGUGUUGUCGAUCGUGACAGACGCCGUAUACCUCUGUCAACUUUCAAGCCACCAACGCCGCACCUGCAUUGCCUACCUACUGUAUAUACUCACCGCCCCUGUCGCAAUACAGCUACAUCAAGAGCUACCGUUUCUUCUUGACAUACCCCGGGGAUCAACACAAUGCUUGCGGCGGCAACAUCAUUCUUCGCCCGAACGAACAUAUCUCAGUCAUACAACAUCGGAGCAGCUUCUUACGGUGGCAGCAGAACUUCUACCCCAGUACCAUCUGGAUCAUCGGCCGGUUCCCUGCCAACACCUGCUCAUGCGCCAACGUUCCAGGUAGGACCUUGGAAAGUACAAUCUGCAACUCACAAAGUCAAUGGCAAGCGCGUCAGUGUGUGGUCCGCUGACAAGAAAAGCCCUGAGAUGGAGAGGAUUGGUCCAGCGUCGAAAGAGAGAGUUUUGGAAGUGCUGCGGGGCGAGGCGCAAGCGCUUUCGAGAAUGAGGCAUCCUUCAGUGUUGGAAAUGGUCGAGCCUUUGGAGGAAACACGCAGCGAACUUAUAUUCGCGACAGAGCCCAUCCUAUCAUCAUUACACCUCGCGAUACCCGGAUCGUUUAACUAUACCCCCUUAGUCGAGUUGGAUGAAAUUGAGAUUCAAAAAGGGAUUCUACAAGUCUGCAAAGGUCUUCAGUUCCUUCAUACUUCCGCUCGACUUAUCCAUACCAACAUCACGCCGGAAAGUAUCCUCAUCAACAGUGCUGGGGAUUGGAAGAUUGGAGGGCUUGGUCUAACCAUACCACUUACUAGACAAGAUGGGACCGCUACGAGAUGGGAAUUUCCGACGUUCGACGGGCGAACACCUGCAUAUACUCAGCGGUCAUUUGACUAUAUGGCACCUGAGUACGCCUUGGACGAAGUCCUCGAUCCAGCUUCGGAUAUGUACUCCCUUGGUUGUCUCAUGUAUGCUGUUCAUUGUAAAGGCAACCCUCCCUUCAAGACCCAUGGAAGCCUUGGUGGUCUGCGUGAUAACGCAGGAAAGCCAUUACAAGGCAUGGAACGCCUAGACCAGGAUCUAAGAGCGUUAUUGAACUCGUGUAUAACCCGGCAUCAUCACAAUCGUCCCUCCCCCAACAAUCUUCCAUCGCAUCCCUUCUUCUCCUCACUCCCCAUCUCCACUCUCAACUUCUUGGACCGGUCAAAUUUUGCUGCGAAAUCCCGGGAAGAGAAGAUCUCCUUCAUGAAAGGGUUGGUUUCCGUGCUUGACAAGUUCUCAGAGGGUCUGAGGACACGCAAGAUUCUGCCAUCGCUGUUGGAAGAGAUGAAAGAUACACAGCUCUUACCAUACAUCCUGCCUAACGUGUUUUCUAUCUCGCACAUGUUGACGCCAGCCCAGUUUGCGUCUAUGGUUCUGCCGAGCUUGAAGCCGUUGUUCGUCAUCAAGGAACCUCCACAGAAUAUGAUCACCUUGCUCGACAACCUGCAAAUGCUACAGAAUAAAACAGACAAAGUGGUGUUUCGCGAGCAUGUAUUACCGUUGGUGUAUAAUGCCUUGGAGUCUGAUCAUGCACAUGUGCAAGAACGAGCACUGAAGGUUGUCCCAGAUCUCUGCGAAUCGAUUGAUUACGCGGAAGUUCAGGGAGUAUUGUUCCCUCGUGUCGCCCUUGUGUUCACCAAGACCCGUAUACUCUCGGUAAAGGUAGCAACAUUGGGAACGUUCCUUGCUAUGGUCAAGACCCUCGAUCAGACGAGCCUAACUCAGAAGCUCGUUCCUCUGCUGUCCAAGAUUCGAACGAAAGAGCCUGCUGUAAUGAUGUCCACUUUGGCGGUGCAAGAAGCCAUGGGUCUCAAAGUUGACCGUGAAGCUGUCGCAACACUAGUUCUUCCUCAGCUCUGGGCCAUGUCUAUGGGACCUCUAUUGAGUGUAUCACAGUUUAAACGCUUCAUGGAGGUCAUCCGAAAGUUAGGCGAUCGUGUCGAGAAGGAGCACGAUCAAUACCUCCGGGACUCGCAAAGGAUCGAAGACAGAUCCUCGACUACUGUGAAUGGCACUGGGGCAACUUUCUCAGGAGGCACUGUCGAUUUUGAGAGUCUUGUGGGUGGCGGCAAUGCUACCGUAAAACCGGAUACUAUAAUGGAUGCAAACAAGAGUUGGGAUGAUGAUGUGUGGGGCAGCAUUUUCACGAACAACGGUAAUCCGCAGACUCCCGCUCUCUCAAGUCCUGUUCUCGCCACCCACCCAGUGGCAACUCCUGCCCGGCAGCAAUCGCAAAGUUUGUCUUCACCUCCCCCUCGCCUUAGCACGACUUCGAGUGCAAGUGCUUCACGAACAACUCGAGGGCUUGGAGCGAUACCUCUCGGCUCUAAUUCUAAUUCAUUCUCGGGAUUGGCGAAUCCACCAUCAAUGCAAAUAAGACCAUCGCUAUCGGGUAUCCAGAGGUCUUCUUUAUCCACCGCUCCUCCCCUCGUUCCGCAGUCGCAGAGCAAUGCAAUCGCGUUCCAACAUCCUGCACCGUUCCAAGCUACUACCACGCCCAACUACAAUAUCUCAUUAUCCUCCACACCGAUGAUACCCUUGUCAACAAACCCGACCCUCAUUCCUCAAGGUCCACCCGGAUUGGGCAACACACCUCUUAUGCCAUCCAAGCCUGUUCAGCCGACUUGGUCAACGACGAGCCUUAAGCAGCUCACAAAAGAUGACUGGGGCGACUUUGAUCCACUGUCAUGAUCUCCCUUCCUACGUACAUCAUUUGGGUUAUGGGUAUCUACUCUAUUGUAAGGAUAUGGUAUAGACUGUUGUAUUAUUGCUCCUUUUCCACUUCGACUCCUUGAGCGACACGGACGGUGGGUGCCUCGACGAUGGUGUUGAAGGCAUCUAUUUCUGAAUAGCCAGAGAGGAGAUCGACAUCCACAGGACGGCCCAGGAUUGCGCUGAGGAUGAUCAAGGCUCCAGUCUUGCUCUUCACCAAGUUGUUUUCCCUGCAUGCUGGGCUGAUAAUACCUACAUACACACCCUUAGUGGCAUGUGCGUCGUGAUAAUGACAGUAAAACGCUCACACUUGGCACAUCCUUCUUCACAUUCGCAGGUUUCGAUGGCAUUCAGAGCGGCAUUAAGGGUUGCUGAAACUAAACCAGGUUAGCAUAUGGAUGGAACGUGGCGAAAGGGAAUGGAAAGUACCAUGAUCAAAUGCUUUCGCUGCUAUACCACCCGAUUUACCGCUGUGUUCAUAGAAUACGAGUCUGACGAUUGCAUUAGUCUAGUCCUCCCGGUAAUGAAGCAACAGGGACAAACCGUGCUGGUCGUUUC